GCCAUGUAACGUUGAGAGUGUUACAUGUUACGUAAGCAGCAUGUCUGAAGACACUGCUGGAACGGAAACGGUGAGCAUCAGACGAGCAAGUCACCAGAUUGGUGAUGGCGUCUCCGGGAACUUCUGUGCCGGGACUGAGAAAGAAAUUCAGUUUUCUCUCGAACAUCGUCUUCUCCUUGCUGUGUGUUCUUUAUUUUAUUUCAUCAGGAUGUAACAGUUAUUCGAUAUGCCCUGAAUCUUGCAGAUGCAGCAACAACUUCUUGAGGAAGACUUUCGCCAACUGUUCAAGACGAAGCUUGACUGAAGUUCCCCACUCAUUUAAUGGGAAUUUCAAUAAGAUCUGUCUCGCUUACAACCGAAUUGAUGAAAUUCGAGAGCAAGAUUUCAGCACACCCAUUAACGUUGAAAUUGUGAAUUUAAGAUAUAAUGUAAUCACGAAUAUACACGAAAAGGCAUUCGAGAAAUUGAAAGAAUUAAGAACACUGGAUUUGUCCUGUAACAGAAUCACUACACUACCAUCACGUUUGUUUGAAAAUAACAGUAAAUUUAAAACAUUACUUCUUCGAAGCAAUAUGUUAUCUGUUAUGGGACCAAUUGUAAAUUCUGCAUCUCUGAAAAAACUGGAUAUAUCUUCUUCCAAUAUUUAUUAUCUACCAUGCAAUUCAUUUGAGAGUGUACCUAAUCUAAACACUUUGUAUUUAGAUGAUAAUCCGUUAAUCAGCUUGACUGUUAACACGGUUGAAACACUCACAGAAUUACAGUCUAUAAGAAUGGAACCUAAGAAAUCAAUAUGUCUUCAAAAAUCUUUCCAAAAUGUAAUUCAGUAUUUCAAGAACAAAUCUGUGGACCACUUCCCUAGAAUAAUAUGUGGAUUAGAUUACAAAUGUUACAUUAAUACCGAUGAUAAAUCUAAAACCAUAGCCAAAAUACUUUUAAGAAAAGGACAGCAAAAUAAUGACAAUUUUGUAGAACAUUUUUUGUUCAUAAUAUUUGCUUGUGUCUUUGUUUGUGGCAUCGUCUCUGUUCUUUUCAUAAGUAAAUGUCCCAUCCGAAGAAAUACAACAUCUUCUCCUAAUGUCAAUUCAGCGACACAAAGCUCAACAUUUGGUUCCGAUGGUAAUGAAGUAAAGCCAUGGUACAAGAUUCUGCUAUUCCAAGUGUCUGGUGAUUGUAAGGGAAAUAAGGACAGUGAUACUCAGCGGCAUGGUAACCAGUAAGGUUUAUUUUCCGCGAGUGUUUUUGCCGCGUUUUAGCUAACCACUGAUUAGUCGUGUUGCUGUGUGGAAGCACCUCCAUUCAAAUAAAUGGUUAGCUAAGCGACACACACGCUCGUAGAAAAAGAGAAUUAAAGCAGCGUUUCUUAACCUGAGGUAAGGAGACAUGAAUGAUUUUUUUUAGAAAGCAAGUAAUCGAAAAUGUUAAUUAAGCGUAGAAAUAUAAAUGCAAAUGCUUGAUUUCAUCGAACGUAUAUUUUAUUAAUAUUAUACGUUGCUAACGAUCCUGUAAUGCACAAAACUUUGGAACUUUUUACGCUAAUUGUAAAGAAAGAACUGACCUAAUUCAGCGAUUUUUGAUAAGGGGUGUGAAACCAUAUUUUGAGGGGAAAAACGGACGCAGAUAGUAAAGGUUAAGAACCACUGUCUUAAAGAAUAUUAUUUCUGUACGAAACUGCUCUUGAAGCUCCUACUACAUUGAGUCUAUGUAAAAGAUCGAUAGGGAGAGAAGAUAUCAUUUAAAUAAUAUAUCCAUUAUUAGUGACAAAGUCUAUCUCAUACAGAUGACAAAGUUGAAUGAUUAAUAAACCAGAGUUUCAUAAUACGAUUAUAUUAGAUACAUAUAUAACUAUUUAAAGGCAAAAAACUGAAGUUUUACCUGUGCUUAACUAAUUAAGCACUACGCCAUGAAGAUGUUUGUGGGAGUGGAUGUGUAGAUCCAAGUUUUCUUGACCUCAGGUAUAGUUGAAGCUGAAUGCUAAAUUUCAUGCCCUUGCCGCUUUGUCCCCAGUAUCCCUUGGCAAGGAGGCUGGGUGAGCCCCAGAACCGGUCUGGAAGACGUGAAGAAGAGAAAAUUCUUGACUCUACCGGGACUCGAAUUCCGGCCCCUCCGUCAUUAUCGUAGCCAGUCGCUAUGCCGACUGAGCCACGUCUAAAGCACAGCAAAGAUAUAGGAACCAGCUACACCUUGUCCAAGGUGUUCAUGCAUUUUUUUUUUAUAAUUUACAGAAUAACGAGUAGUUUCAUAUAGAAUAUUAACAGACUAGCCUUUGUAAUAAAAACUCAUAGUUUUUUCUGAGAGAGAAACUGAAUUUAUAAACACUGUACAGACAAAAUUCGUGACUCAAAUGGUCAUAGAGUACUUUUGAGUUUGACUAAUGCAGGACACAUAUCUCCUUAGGUGCUAAGCAUAUAAACUAAUGAAGCACAUAUAUCAGCAUAG